AUGAAUCUCGCUCUCAUUGAUCCUUUCGCUUUAGCUCAGGAUUACCCCGAUUCUUUGACAGGAACACUCCGUAGUGGGCAUGCGACAUGUCUCCGCUUUAACGGGAAAGGCGAUUUUCUUGCGUCCGGCCGGGUGGAUGGCACGAUAGUGAUCUUUGACGUGGAAACAAACGGUGUUGCUAGGAAGCUACGAGGACACAGUAAACAGAUCCAGUCGUUAAGUUGGUCGCGAUGUGGGAGAUACCUCUUGAGCUCUUCCCAAGAUUGGAAAUGUGUGCUUUGGGAUAUGAAAGACGGCUCAAGGGUUAGAACUGUGAGAUUCGAGGCGCCGGUUUACAUCGCGGAGCUCCAUCCUUUUAAUCACUGGCUUUUCGUCGCAUCCUUAUUCGAAGACCACCCAGUCCUGGUGGAUAUUAGUUCGCCUAAACCCGUGAAGCGUAUCCUUCCAUCGGCACCUUUACGGCCGAACGUGGAGAACGUGGAUCCUGCGACAGCUGCAAAGCAAGCCGCCCAAGACGCCAAGCAAUCGACGUGCGUUACAAUAUUUACUGCACUAGGAAACCAUAUAUUGGCGGGAAGCUCCAAGGGCUGGAUCAAUAUCAUCGAAACACAAACGUGCAAAACGAUCCAUUCGACUCGUCUCUGCAACGGAGUUGUGAUUCUCCUCCGCCUUGCUAGCAAUGGACGUGAUCUCCUCGUAAACAGUUCGGACAGAGUAAUCCGAACGAUCUUAAUGCCAGAUCUUUCCCAGUUAGGCGUCAGCCUGGACCCGUCAGCUAUCAAACUCGAGAUCGAGCACAAGUUCCAAGAUGUGGUGAACAGAUUAAGCUGGAAUCACGUAGCAUUUUCCGCAACCGGAGAGUUUGUCACCGCUUCAACGUUCAUGAACCAUGACAUCUACGUUUGGGAGCGUAGCCAUGGCUCCCUUGUCAAAAUUCUCGAAGGUCCGAAGGAGGAACUUGGGGUUGUAGAAUGGCAUCCGAGUAGGCCCAUGGUCGCGGCGUGCGGCUUAGAAUCCGGUUGUAUCUACACCUGGUCGAUCGUGACGCCACAGAAAUGGUCUGCACUGGCCCCUGACUUUCAGGAAGUCGAAGAGAACGUGAUAUACGUUGAGCGCGAGGACGAGUACGAUAUUCACCCUGCUGAGGAAGUUCACCAGCGCCGAUUAGAUCUGGAAGACGAGGAACCAGAUGUGUUAACAAUCGAACCCGUCAAAGGGGAGGUAGACGAGGAUGGGGUGGAAGCAUUUCGAAUGCCAGUCUUACUUGAUAUUUCGGACAGCGAAAGCGAAAAUGAUGUUGUGGCUAUCGGGCCGGGGACAAUGAGAAAGAAAAGCCCCGCGGCAGGAAGAGAGUGGAUGAAUAGUGGGAACACGAGUGAGAAUUUCGAUGAUACCGACAGUCGUCGGGGUAGUGCUGUUGCCAACGGCGUCUCGAGGGGAUCAAAUCGGGGUCGCCGGAGGUAG